GCCAGUGCCACAAGAAGGAUCUCGGCCCUGCACGAGGCGUCAUUACGCACGCGGCGCAUCGCCGGAGAGGAGGAUGGAGCAACGAGGCCCGCUGAGGCGAAGCAGCAUCCUGUUUAGCCAUCCUCAUCCCCAGAGGCUCAUCAGAACCACAGCCCUCUCUUCCGACCGACAGCCAAUAGACCCGCGGUCACGCUGAUGACAUAAUUAUAUAUAGUAUAGUACUAUACUUGCUUUUGUUCUUUUUUAACCAGGUUAUCGUCGCUCAUCUGCAUGCCUGCUUCUCGGAGGCUGCAAGAGCAUGCAUUGCACUAAGUUUCACAUUUUGCAUUUCAGUUGUAUAACUUCAAUAACAAAUAACAGUCUAUAAUAUAUAUACAUAUAUAUUAUACAUACAUACAUACAUACAUACAGGCUGUUAUUUAUUCGAAUUGAGGCUAAAGUUAUUCGCAAAACUGUAAUUCAAUUACAUAAAUCAUAUACGUGUCAUGCUUUAUAGCAUUUCCUGUUUGUUUGUUUUUUUGUUUGUUUUUUUAUGUCGUCAAUACCUGGCAGUAUAGGGGACCGGAGUUUGAUGGUAGGCUACGGGUGCCCCGUUCACUCCAGAAGAACAGCUGCCCGUGUAGGCCCUUUCUCACAGCAGCCACUUGGACAUGUCUUUGCAUUGUAAACACAGGUGUAAUUAAUAACUAGCAAUUCAUUAUGGCCAUUUAGGUGUGCAUGCUGGCUCGCUGAACGUUGUCAUGUAUUACUAAUUUAUAUAACAGAUAAUUUACGCGAAUGCCCACUGACAUGGUUUUAUGGUUUUAAAAAGCACAUAUUUAGAUCGGGGGAGGGGGGCACGCCUCAUACCUUGUACCCAUAACACCUACACCAUUUUGCUGUAUAGUGCACCGCUGGUAAUUCAGAUGCACCCGAAGUAAGUUAUUUUGUUCUGUAUGUAAACUUGCACGUUAUGCCGAUGGUAUAAUCUGUGAUUGUUGAAGGAUCCUAUGUUCACAUGUGGGAUCCACACGCUGGGUAGCACAGUGUCACAAGCUGGAGGCUCAGGAUCAAACAUGCCAUUUGUGUUCAGACAUGCCAUUUGUUGGCAUGUCUGAACACUUCCUCCACUCUGCGGCCAUAUCACCCCUGUCCUCCACACGUGCAAGGGGCUGGUUAUUGCUCGCCGGGCAUGGCUGGAUCUGAACUUCAACAUGUCAACACAGACAGGAUGAGUCAACAAAUCAGCAAGGGGGUGGUGCCUCGAGGUCGCUGACUUGCCAAGUUUGAGUCUGAAGUGUAGCAGCAGAGUCUAUAUCCUGAUUAGCUCUCGGUGAAGACAGACAUGGAGCUGGGAUCAAUGGUUGGUGCCGUGAGGAGUAAGAGGGUGCUGCUCGGCGACCAAGUCCGUCCCGCUGUCAUCGUGAUAAAGGAUGGGAAGAUCCAUCAAAUCCUCUCGGACAGCGACUUUUCUGGAGGUGAGGUGUUGGACGUGGGCGACAGCGUGGUGAUGCCGGGCAUCGUCGAUUGCCACGUCCACGUGAACGAACCAGGCCGAGCCUCCUGGGAGGGCUUCUGGACCGCCACCAGAGCCGCUGCAGCUGGAGGGGUGACAACCAUUGUGGACAUGCCGCUAAACAGCAUCCCUCCAACUACCACGGUUGGAAAUUUCCGCGAGAAACUGCUAGAGGCGACAGGGAAGUGUUUUGUGGACACGGCCUUCUGGGGAGGCGUAAUUCCUGGUAAUCAGCUGGAGCUUCGGCCCAUGAUCCAGGCGGGAGUGGCUGGCUUCAAGUGUUUCCUCAUCCACAGCGGGGUGGAGGAGUUCCCCCACGUGACGGACCGGGAUCUACACGCAGCGAUGGCGCAGCUGCAAGGCACAGGAAGUGUCCUGCUGUUUCAUGCCGAGAGGGACGUUGAGCAGACAACACAGGAGAAUGGCGACCCUUGUCAGUACUCCACCUUUCUGCAGUCCAGACCAGAUGUCAUGGAGAUGGAGGCCAUUCGCACCGUCGCAGAGCUCUGCCUCCAGUACCAGGUGCGGUGCCAUAUCGUUCACUUGUCCUCUGCUAAGCCACUGGAGCUGAUCCAGGAGGCGCGGCAGGCCGGAGCCCCCCUGACGGUGGAGACCACCCAUCACUACCUCAGCCUGUGUGCCGAGAACAUACCUGUGGGGGCCACGCAAUUCAAGUGCUGCCCCCCCAUCAGAGGAUCUGUCAACCAGGAGCAGUUGUGGUCCGCGCUGAAAGCCGGGCAGAUCGACAUGGUGGUGUCGGAUCACUCCCCCUGCACCCCAGACCUGAAGAAGCUAGACAACGGAGACUUCACUGAAGCUUGGGGGGGAAUUUCUUCUCUACAAUUUGGUUUGCCUCUGUUCUGGAGUUCAGCCAGUAAGAGAGGCUUUCAGCUGUCUGAUGUGGUGAGACUCCUCUGCCGGCGAACAGCCCAGCUGAGUAGCCUACACAACCAGAAGGGCCACCUGGCCCCCGGCUAUGAUGCCGACCUCGUUGUAUGGGACCCAGAGAGAGAAUUUGAGAUUAAAGAAGCAAGCAUACAUCAUAAAAACAAGCUAACUCCUUACCUCGGCGUCACACUGCGAGGAGUGGUGUGUGCAACCAUAGUCAGGGGGCAGCUGGUGUACAGAGAGGGCUCCUUCUGCCCCCAGCCUCUGGGGAAGCAUCUCUUCUUCCCUCCGAGGAAAAGUGAAGCCCAACUGUGAAGUACAAUAACAACAAGCCCUAAUAAACCUCAACUUAUCGAAA